AUGGCCUCGGCCUUGUCAACUCGGCUCGCCGCAGCAGCCCUUUUCGCCCUUUCAGUAACAGCACAGUCAUCACCCGCCAUGUCCAUUGAGUCCUUCAUUCGAGCAGCUGAUGAUGUUCUCCACCGCCCAUACGUUUCCCUGCUAUCAACACCGCUCGCUGAGCGCGAUGGGAACGCCACAGUCGAGCAGCUUCCCGCAGGAGAUGUCCCUCUGACAAAGGAUGGCUCGUUGAACAUGACGGCCUGGAACAUGGACACCAACGCUGCAUGCCGAUCAGUUCUCGGUGGACUGCACAAGAGCACAAACCCCUCUGGAACUUGCGUGUGCUAUAACCUUCCCUCACUCGAUGUGAAGACUGGUGUUUUUGAGGCUGAUGUUCGACUAUAUCAAGUUUCUCAACCCAGAGGUAGUUUUGCAGCUGUUGCACCUGAGGAUAUCAACGUUGGAAUCUCAUACAAGGGUGCAAGUGUUAUGCCCAUUCAGCCUGCGGAUGUCAAUGGCACAGGUUUAACAGGCGGUAAGCCUGGUAUGGGAAAGAGACAAGAGGGAAUGCAACUCCUACAAUCAUAUAUGGACGAGCUCGAAUGCCAUAUCAUGCCAACCCUCACCCUCACUGCCCGCAACAGCACAGGCAGCACCAUCCGCACCAACGUCUCCAUCAACGAAGCCGCUUUUCUCACUGGCGUCUUCUCCCAAGAUGUUGUCAUGUCCGACUUCGCCAUGGCCUCAGCCGCCGUCGACGAUCAGGUCGCCGCUCUCAACAACGGCACUGUUGCCUUUGUCCUCCCAGGCGUACAGCUCAUGGUCCUCCCCAUUGGUCUCAUUAUGAUGAGCGUCUGGCUGCUCAUCUUCGUCUUAGCUGUUGGCUUCGGCACAUAUGAGCGUUACAACUAUGCUCUCAUGUAUAAACGCAGACAAGCUGUCACAAUGCCCAAGAAGGCGACAAUAUGA